CGGGCGAGCUGCGCCCAUUGGUCAGGGAGGGGGGGCUACGGAAGCCGGCUGGACGCGGUGGGCGUUCCCGCGGACGGGGCCGUGCCGGGCGCCGCCAUGGAGCUGGGCGAGAUGCUCUACAACAAGUCCGAGUACAUCGAGACGGCCUCCGGGAACAAGGUGAGCCGGCAGUCGGUGCUGUGCGGGAGCCAGAACAUCGUCCUCAACGGCAAGACCAUCGUCAUGAACGACUGCAUCAUCCGCGGGGACCUGGCCAACGUGCGCGUCGGGCGGCACUGCGUGGUCAAGAGCCGGAGCGUCAUCCGGCCCCCCUUCAAGAAGUUCAGCAAAGGGGUUGCCUUCUUCCCUCUGCACAUCGGGGAUCACGUCUUCAUUGAGGAGGAUUGUGUUGUCAAUGCGGCUCAGAUCGGCUCCUAUGUCCACAUAGGCAAGAAUUGCGUGAUCGGUCGCAGGUGUGUCCUGAAAGACUGCUGCAGAAUCCUUGACAACACAGUGUUGCCCCCGGAAACAGUGGUCCCACCUUUCACCGUCUUUUCCGGCUGCCCAGGGCUCUUCUCGGGGGAGCUGCCCGAAUGCACGCAGGAGCUGAUGAUCGAUGUCACCAAGAGCUACUACCAGAAAUUCCUGCCCCUCACCCAGAUUUGAGAAGCUCCUCCUCUGGCGGGGGGCUCAGGACUGGCAUGGCCUACGGGUGCCCUGCAGGCAGCUGGCUCCAGAGCUGACCGGCAGGUAUGCCAAAGACCACCUUCCUUGCUGGCGAUGUCCUCCCUCAUGGAUUGACCAGACCCUCUCCAGAAGUUCUUCUGGUUUCUCCUGGAUGGUUGGAAGAGGCUGGCCUUGACCUGGCUCCCCUCCAUGGGCUCCAUGAUGGUUGAGCAGGAGACUGACGCACUCAGUGCUUGUGGGGUGGGUGGGCGGGGGGUUGGUCUAGGAUGUUGCUGCUCUUGUUCUUGCUGGUCCUUCCCGCUCGAUCACAAUCCUCCCUUGAGGUGGUCCUGACCAGCCUUCUUGCUGCCGUUCAUUUUGUUCUGGAGCCCCUCAGAGCUUUCCUCAGAUGCUGUCAAGCCGUCUCUUCAGGCGACAGUUGUGAAAGCAGCUGCAGCCCAAAUCCAGAGCUCUGCUUUGUGGCUGUUAAUCCGAUUCUUUGUGGGGUUCAGGGGUGACCUGAGCUGGCAGGGCAGGAUCACACCCCUCUCCAAGGGACCACAGUUGCAUCCUCCAACCGAAGGUCCCUUAGGAGAAACUGGGCAAGAGGAAAGGACCGUGUGGGUCAUUGGAUGAGGGAGAUUAGCUACUUAGGGGGAGGGCAGGCAAACGGUCUCUGGGGGAAGUGCAGGCCCUUCUUUGCCCUGCCCUCUCUCAUCUCUUCCCAAAUAGGUAAAGCAGCCUACUUUGGCUCUCUUCGUUCUUUGUCUUCUUGUGCUGCCACUUUCUGCAUGUUAGACUUCAGCUUAAGUUGUUCCAGGCUGUGUGUGUGGCUGCACUCGCACACCUGUGUGUGUUUCUGCGUUCUUGGCCUGUAAACUUCCACUGUGUAUUAACCAACCAGGGACCAUUUGACACAUUGUAGGAACAUUUGCUCACUGCACAGGUGCUCUCUGGUUUGUUGGCCUUUACCUGUAUGUAUAUUAAAGUCUGAACUGCCCAACCAAGCAUGUUGGCCGUGGUGGUUCUCUCACAUCGGUCUCUGGGGAGGAUUGGUCACCUGGCCACUCAGCUUCUCCAUGUGCCCAGGAGGCCCAGUGCUUGUUGGGUAAUGAAACAUCUGCAGCUGCGAUGCAGUCACCUUCACAACCUUCCUCCAAAAGGGGAUUUUGAAGUGGAUGAAAGCUGUAAGAGUUGUGGAGUUAAGUGAUGGGCCCUUCAGAAGAGGGCACAUCAGCGCUUCCAUCAGACAGAAUGGAAUCACACCGCCCCGCAAGGAAUUAUUAAUCACUUCCCAGACCCAGUCAUGCAUCCCCUCCUGGGCAACCUUAACCAGCCAGGAGGGACGCGAACCCAUCACAGAGAUAGCUGAACCAGCAGUUGAAGAGCCCUGUCCACUUCCUCGGGGUUCCUCAGGAUUACUUUGGUAGCCAAAAUUCUACUGUCAGGCCCAAGCUCCAAUGACACCACAGUGUGAUCCAGUUCAGGUCUUUGUUUGCUUAUACCUGAAGGACGGAAUCUUGCCAGACCAAACUUGUAAAGUCUCCAAACUUGGCGACUGUAAGACUUGUGGAUGCGUGGCUGGCUGAGGAAUUCUGAGAAUUAAAAGUCCUCAAGUUUUAAAGUUGCCAGGUUUGGAGAGACCUGUUCUAACCUCUAACACAUAUCCUGAGAGAUUUUCCUCUCCUCACCACCUGGUUCAGGACUGCAGCCUCUUGUCCUUGGCCUCUUUCUGGAAUGUGCUGCUUCCUCCCUGGGAAGGGCUGGGAACAUUCCCUAUUGCCCUUUCUUCUGUUACAUCUACUUCAAUGGGUGUGUGAUUUGUAAGAAGCACUUUUCACCUCGUGCUGUAGCUGUCUGGAGCCCUUGUGGGCGAUCCUUGUCCUCUCCUGACCUGGAGAGGAGCCCUCACAAAGAGCCAGUCCAUUCACCGGCUCUUCAUUUUUCUGCGAUCAUGAGCUCUGUUCUCAACACAGCCAUCUUCGGUUCGCCUUUCUUCCCUGGAAAUCUCAACUCACCUGGAGGAGGAUUCAGGGCAGCAUCUCCCCAGACAAGUCAAUGGUUCUGGGGGUGUGGAUGCUCCCUUGGCCACAAAUGUCAGCUCUUCUCGUUUGCUAUGAACACUAAUACUACUUUGAUUAUUGUAAGACAACAGAACCUGGCAAGUCUGAAUAGCUUUUCCCUCCCCCUUGGUUGCAAUUCAAAGAUACUCCUUCCUGAAAAUUUCAAGUAACUCUCUUGGUUGCUGGGAAAAUCUCUUUCAGAUAAUUCUUCUAAGAGCCACGGUGGCGCAGUGGUAAGAGUGCAGUACUGCAGGCUACUUCUGCUGACUGCCAGCUGCCUUCAGUUUGGCAGUUCAAAUCUCAUCAGGCUCAAGGUUGACUCAGCCUUCCAUCCUUCUGAGGUCGGUAAAAUGAGGACCCAGAUUGUUGGGGGUGAUAAGCCGACUGUGAAUCGCUUAGAGAGGCCUGUAAAACACUAUGAAGCAGUAUAUAAGUGCUGUUGCUAAGUACAGGUAAUCCCCGACAUACAAUAAUUUGUUUAGAGACCAUUUGAAGUUAACAAUAGCACUGAAAAAAGUGUGUUAUGACCAUUUUUCACACGACCGUUGCAGCCUCCCCCUGAUUACGUGAUUCACAUUUGGAUGCUUGGCAAUUGGUUCAUAUUUAUGAUGGUUGCCUUUUGCAGUGUUCUGACAAACAGAGUCAAUGGGGAAGCCAGGUUCACUUAAACAACCGUGUUUCUAAUUGAACAAUUGCAGUGAUUCACUUAAAUGCAAGGAAAAUGGGACAAAAUUCACUUAGCAAAUUUCUCACUUAGCAACAUAACUUCUAGUCUAUUGUGGAAAUAAGUCAAGAACUGCCUGUUCAGAAGUCAGAGUCAAAUAGGUAUUGCUAUUUAUCUGUUCUAUCUGCCAUUCUUACAACACGCACACACAAACACAUUGAUUGAAAGGAGUUCUCUAAAACAGACCGAAGGAUGUCUUAGCAUCCCAAGGAAGAAGAUGCUUCAGCCAUCCCCAGUGGGUAAAUGCUAAAGAACUUCCUAUUGUUAGAGGAGGUUCUUCCUACACCUACACAAAUUAAGAAAGUCCAGCUGCCUCUUGAAAAGUAUCUUUAGAUCAUUAAGUCGAGGGCUACCUGGACCUUUGAUGUGUUGGAGGGCUUUAGUUGGUUUGUGUACUAUUGUAAUGCUGUGUAGUUGUAGUAGUGUGUGGAUUGUCGCAGGUAAAUUUUUCGUUUUGUAGCUUCUUUUGAUUGGCACUUUGAUAAAUUUGUAUAGGUACCUAUUGUGUUGGACGACGUUGUACAGACAGUUUGUUUUCCUUUUUCUGAUGUUCUGGAUUGUUGCAGCGCAUUUGUAGUCACCUGAAUAAAGUUCUCACAUGGCUCCUCU